UAUCUGUUAGGGGUUCAAGUUAUACACCGUAUAUUAUACAUACAUAGAAGUAAGCAAUGAAUAUGAUUUCGCAUGACUUGCAUAGCGGCAUACAAUCCAGCUAGAGAGCCCUUUCUUUCCAUUUGUUUAAAAUUUUGCUCUACAUCUCCACUCGGCUCAGAUCGAGCGGCCGAUGACCUGGAUCUGUUCGAAUAUUAUUUAUUUAUUCAAAACUUUUGGUUUGCUAUUCAAUAACUGGCCUGGAUGAAGCUUUUCCCUCACAUAAUACGUAAUGUCGCCCCAAAAAUGAGGAUAAAAUUAUGAAAGCAAAGAUUCUAGGUUCUAGCCGACAUCGGCCAUUUUUUUAAAUAUAAAAUCAAAGCGCUUAGCCCACCAUAGCCUAGCCGCAGUCAGGGGUAUUUCUUGCAAUGAGGAGAUCGAUUUCUGUACCCUUUCACCCCCUUUUAUUUUAUUUUUAUUUUUUGCUAUACUCUAAGCUUCAACUUGAGUUUAAUCUCACGCUUCUUCAAAUCACACCUAACCGAAAUGGACUGGAAUAGUUGGUAAGAAUUUUACAACGUAGCUUACAGUAGAUAGAAAGGAUUAGUACAGGAUAAGGGAUAGUCAUGAAUGAAACGGGAGCAGACGGUCGGAAUGCCAAGCGUAGCUUGUUACGCAUUAACGCAAAUAGCAAUGUAAUAACUUAUCUAUGAGACGAGCACGAAUGCAGCUAUACUAGGCUUUCGGAGAGGAGGUCCUACGCAGAAGCGGAUUCAUUUGCAAACAAAAGCAAGAGAGUCAAUAAAAUGCAGUAAAAACAAACGCUUUAAUAGGAAUUUCAAAAUUUUGGUGCACAGCAGAGAGAAAAAAAGAGAAAAUCGGUUGGGUUCAACAGGGCGCCCACAGGAGCUGUAAUGUUAACGGGAGAUUAUUGUACAUAAAAUGAUAUUCAUAAGUGGAGAAAACCAUUACAUGUUUACUCCGACAUUCGACAGUAAAUGAAUGCUGCGGGAGAGGCGGCGUUUGCAGCGUACUAAGUGAGUAUAUGGAAGACGAUGGUGCUAGGACGGUGACGGUGGAUUGAGUUUAGCCAUUCAAACACAUUAUAACACACACCGAUUGUAACAGACAAGGAAACCAUAAAAAACCAAUAAACAAAUGUUCAUAAAUUCCACGGUGUAAAAAAUGGAUUUGCUAAAUUGUAGAAUGUUAGCUCGGCAUGGCAAACGAAUGAGAGACGACGACCCAGCCCGUAAAGGCUUCUCAGGCCUUUGAGGUGCAUGAAGCAGAUGAUGAGAAGAGU